AUGCAGGCAGGUAGGCAGGUGGACAGUCAGUCCCAGGGGCAGCACAGUGACAUGCAGGCAGGUAGGCAGGGGGGCAGCCAGUCCCAGGGGCAGCACAGUGGCAUGCAGGCAGGUAGGCAGGUAGGCAGCCAGUCCCAGGGGCAGCACAGUGACAUGCAGGCAGGUAGGCAGGGGGGCAGCCAGUCCCAGGGGCAGCACAGUGACAUGCAGGCAGGUAGGCAGGCGGACAGCCAGUCCCAGGGGCAGCACAGUGACAUGCAGGCAGGUAGGCAGGCGGACAGCCAGUCCCAGGGGCAGCACAGUGGCAUGCAGGCAGGUAGGCAGGCGGACAGCCAGUCCCAGGGGCAGCACAGUGGCAUGCAGGCAGGUAGGCAGGCGGACAGCCAGUCCCAGGGGCAGCACAGUGGCAUGCAGGCAGGUAGGCAGGCGGACAGCCAGUCCCAGGGGCAGCACAGUGGCAUGCAGGCAGGUAGGCAGGCGGACAGCCAGUCCCAGGGGCAGCACAGUGGCAUGCAGGCAGGUAGGCAGGCAGACAGCCAGUCCCAGGGGCAGCACAGUGGCAUGCAGGCAGGUAGGCAGGUGGACAGUCAGUCCCAGGGGCAGCACAGUGACAUGCAGGCAGGUAGGCAGGGGGGCAGCCAGUCCCAGGGGCAGCACAGUGACAUGCAGGCAGGUAGGCAGGCGGACAGUCAGUCCCAGGGGCAGCACAGUGACAUGCAGGCAGGUAGGCAGGCGGACAGUCAGUCCCAGGGGCAGCACAGUGACAUGCAGGCAGGUAGGCAGGUGGACAGCCAGUCCCAGGGGAAGCACAGUGACAUGCAGGCAGGUAGGCAGGCGGACAGUCAGUCCCAGGGGCAGCACAGUGACAUGCAGGCAGGUAGGCAGGCGGACAGCCAGUCCCAGGGGCAGCACAGUGACAUGCAGGCAGGUAGGCAGGGGGGCAGCCAGUCCCAGGGGCAGCACAGUGACAUGCAGGCAGGUAGGCAGGCGGACAGUCAGUCCCAGGGGCAGCACAGUGACAUGCAGGCAGGUAGGCAGGUGGACAGCCAGUCCCAGGGGCAGCACAGUGACAUGCAGGCAGGUAGGCAGGCGGACAGUCAGUCCCAGGGGCAGCACAGUGACAUGCAGGCAGGUAGGCAGGCGGACAGCCAGUCCCAGGGGCAGCACAGUGACAUGCAGGCAGGUAGGCAGGGGGGCAGCCAGUCCCAGGGGCAGCACAGUGGCAUGCAGGCAGGUAGGCAGGCGGACAGCCAGUCCCAGGGGCAGCACAGUGACAUGCAAGCAGGUAGGCAGGCGGACAGCCAGUCCCAGGGGCAGCACAGUGACAUGCAGGCAGGUAGGCAGCCAGUCCCAGGGACAGCACAGUGA